GCCCUCCCUCUCGCCAUGCUCCCGGCUCAGGAGGCAGCCAAAAUCUACCACACCAACUACGUGCGUAACGCCCGGGCAGUGGGCGUGCUGUGGACGGUCUUCACCAUCACCUUCGCCGUGAUCACCGUGGUGGUGUUCAUCCAGCCCUACUGGAUCGGGGACAGCGUCAACACGCCGCAGGCCGGAUACUUCGGCCUCUUCCACUACUGCAUCGGGAACGCGCUCACCUCGGAGCUCACCUGCAAAGGGAGCGCGCUGGAUUUCGGCUCCAUCCCGUCCGGCGCCUUUAAGACGGCCAUGUUCUUCGUGGGGAUCUCCAUGCUGCUGGUGGUGGGCAGCAUCGUCUGCUUCAGCCUCUUCUUCUUCUGCAACGCGGGCAGUGUGUACAAGAUCUGCGCCUGGAUGCAGCUGGCCUCCAGCACAUGCAUGGUGAUUGGCUGUAUGAUCUAUCCGGACGGCUGGGACUCGGAUGAGGUGAAGCGCAUGUGUGGCCAGCGGACCGACAAAUAUACCCUGGGCAACUGCACGGUGCGCUGGGCCUACAUCCUGGCCAUCAUCAGCAUCAUGGACUCACUCAUCCUCUCCUUGGUGGCCUUCAGCCUGGGCAGCCGGCAGGACAAGCUGCUGCCCGAGGACUUCCAGGUGGAGGGGAAAGAUAACGCCUAGGCCUCCUGUGGACAACGGAGGGAACAGAUGGACAAGACUUUAUGAGGAGUACUACUGACUGGAGGGAUUCAAAUGUACUCCAAGGCUUCAGACAAUUACAAUCUUAAAAUAACUUACUACAAGAAAUUCAUCCUGUCCUUGAAAUUGUGACUUUGAAAACAUGGGAAUAAUCGCUGUCCCACCUUCAGCUCAGACCUUAGUCUUAGAUGAGCUGCUUCAGUAUUUGGGACUAAAACAAGUGAAUUAACAAUCUGUGGACUUUGCUUUCAUGCAUUUUAUCAUUUGAAAUUAUCAAUUUAGAGUAGCUCCUUGUUACUUUGGAGAAUUGUCAUAAAUUAAAAAUAAACAUGUCUAUAGGAGUGUCAGACAGUAUGCAUCUGAACACUUUACAUUUAAUCAUUAACUUUGAAAACAGUUGUUCAUCAUUUGACAAGCAAACUAAUAAAUGUGCUGUAUUUAAGGAGCAUUUUGAGUGAUUUUUGUUGGACAUCCUAAUAAAAUAUGCUCCGAACAGUCCUCGAAGUAAACUCUGACCUUGGAUUGUGGAUCUGUUCGUGCUGUGUAAAA